CUGAUCUGGCCACACUAUCAUGAAUAAAGAAGAGGAUAACUUCAAAAUAAACCGCCAUUUUGCGAAGGUCUAUCAAGGUAUACCAUGGAUCGCGCAGCCACCUGGAAGGCGGAGGAGAAGGAGCACAGCGAGAAGCUGUUCAGAAAGCUCCAGGGCUUGGCCCUGAUCCACCCGGCUUCCGACGAUCUGCGCAAACUGCUGGCGUGGGACAUGUUCCUUAAGCCCAACCAGUUGGCAUUCUUCCACGUGAUGCACUACCUCUUCCGGCUGCUGGACCCCGCCGAGUUCAAGCGCCGCUUCUUCUGGCCCAUUACGGACAAGAAGUCCGAGGCGAACUUUCGCUCCAGCACGGUCGAGUACCUGAAGCAUCUGAAAGAGAAGCACCAGCUGCAGUGCUGGCCCAACAUCCAGUCUUACCUGGUGGUAAUGCCUGGCGGCAUGCGUUUCAUCAACUUCCUACUCGAGCUGGUCAGCUUUGUGAUCCAGGAACAGAUCAAGCUGCGCGAAAAGGCGCUCGCUCAGGACGCGACCUCUAUGCCGCCCAAGAGUGCCAAGGUGAUGGCUCGCCAGAACUCGCUGAUGAAGGAGUAUGCCUCGGCUUACCUCACGGAUUUGGAAGAGAACAUGGCCCUGUUGCGGCACAAUAUCCAGAAGAUCCGUCGCUUCACUGCCGACAUAUCGGCGGAGGUAGGUGUGCCCGAGGCGCAACUCCUAGAUGAAGGCUUCCUGGAAGACUGCGAGGCCACCAAUUGGCGUCGCCUUGAGCAGAUAGUGAGCCAACCCGCCAAGUUGGCAGCGGCAGAGCUAGAGGCUCUCUGUGGCGUGAAGGAAGACAUUGAGCAUUUUCAAUCCAAGCAGGCAGAGCACAACCAGAGCCAGGAGCAGGUGGACCAGACUCUACGCGGCACGCGAGGAUUACUCGACGGGGAAGCCUAUGGAGGAGGAGACUUCUUCCAUCAAGCGGGCGGCUCUAAGGUGGAGGCCCUUAUAGACGCACUCAACAGGGUCAGCGCAUCAAUGGCCGAACAACUGGAUGCCCACGAUCACUGCAACGAGUCGAAUGCAUUCGUCUCUAAAGAUCUUCAGGAGCUGCGCGAGGAGGUCUCCCAGAUCGAGGGCCAGCUCAGCCAUGUGCAGAAGGAUCUGAUUACGCGGCUCGGAGUAUUGAAGCAAAAGACCGAAUCAGCUCAAGGGAACCAUCCGCCAGAUACUCCCCGCUUAGAUGCACGCCACCAAGGCAUUGGCUUAAAGUUUAUAUCAACGCCACCCAUCCGGAUCGAUUUGGCCGGCGGCAGUGGACGCACUGCUCCUGUGCGCCUGGCUCUUCAGGGCGACUUCAAUGCCAAGCAGUACGAGGCCACAUUCAACGGCAGCUUGUUGGCUCCUGCUCCUCCACGCUCAGCCCGGAAACCAAAGGAUCCCGAUCAGUCCCUGGCUGGAAACGAUCUCAAUGGCACCAUGAACCGAUCCAAGAUCAAUGAUCCCCUGCAGAUGCUGCGCACCAUCCAAAAGAAUGCUGCCAAGCCCAGAGCAGGGCCGCAGCCUAACCUUUCCGCCUUGGGGAGCAAGUGGAAGGAGUUGCAGGCCUCGUUUGGCUUCAAUGAGGAGGCCUCAGCCAGAGAGGUCUUCUCACCAGAGACAGUUUCUCCGGGGACAGACGCCAGUGAGUGCACACGCAUUGAACGCCUUCCCCGAAAAUCCGAAACGAACAGUUCCUUGGUGGCAAUGAACGCAGCGGUGAUGAAGGUUUUGAAUGCCUCAAGGAACACCCAUAAUCAUAGCACUUCGCCAUCGGGAAGGCUGGAUGCCUUGGUGACGGGUCCGCCAGCUGAGGGAAUUCCACGAACGUCUCCUCGCAUACUUCUCAACGACAUAACCAUGAAUGAUUCACAGUCCCUUGAAGCCGAUUUGAAUUCGGAGAAUAACAUGAAUUUCCUAAAUAUUUCCCACAAAUUCGAUUUUGAUCAAGGCGACGAAGAGGAUGACCUGCAAAAUAUCAGCGAUAGUGUGCUCCGAGACAUCGAAAUGUAGCCCAAGGCAUCUGGAGGGAGCGAGCAGUAAGCCAGUAUUUAAUGUGUAUUUUUAUUGCUUGAUAUUUAGAAUUUUUAAAAUGAAAUUAAACUGAAUCUAUAAACUAA